UCUGCUCGGAGACAGCAACCCCCUGCACGAGAGCUGCAAAAUGAGGAGCGUUAACGCACGGCCGUAUGUUUCCACUUGGAUUUACGUCUUCUGACGGCUGCUAGCAUCAACUCAUCAGCUCAAUCUCUCUCUCUCUUUCUCUCUCUCUCUCUCUCUCUCUCUCUCUCUCUCUCUCUCUCUCUCUUUUCCAGCUCGCUUUCUCCACACAGAAAAGUCAUCAGUCAGGAAGGCAGCAGCAGGAUGAAACGGACAGCUUUGCUUUUAGAGUAUUUGUUGGUGAAAGUAAUGGUGCUGGUGUGUCGCGCGGACGGCGAGCCCGAGCAGCAGCUGGACGGUUUCAUCAUGCUCGCGGGCUCUAACGGCUCGAGGGAGGAGGACGGAGCCGUGUCCGAAGCCCCACACUCUCCGGACGAGUGCAGGGGCUACUACGACGUGAUGGGCCAGUGGGACCCUCCGUUCAUCUGCCAGACCGGCAGCUACCUGUACUGCUGCGGCACCUGUGGCUUCCGCUUCUGCUGCGCGUUCAAAGACUCGCGCCUGGACCAGAGCACGUGCAAGAACUACGACACACCCGUGUGGCUCAAGGGUCAAACCCCGUACAAAAAGAAGGACCCCAGGCACGAUCCGACCAAGGAUAAGACCAACAUGAUCGUCUACGUCAUUUGCGGAGUGGUGGCUAUCAUGGCCCUGGUGGGGAUUUUUACCAAACUUGGACUAGAAAAGGCGCAGCGGCCACACAGGGAGAACAUGACACGAGCUGUAGCAAGUGUGAUGCAAGGCGCCUGUCAGGUUGAACAUGAAGAAGCCAUCGGCAUGCACGCGCAGCACUAUGACAACAUGCAACAUGCCAGGACCCCUAACAUACAAGGGUCCCAGAUGCACAACAUGAGUCAGCCACACCAUUACCCUGCCCUCAGCCAGCUGGCCCACGUGUACGAGCAACAGCAGCCUAGCAAAGAGCUCAACAAAUAUGCCUCACUAAAGGCUGUGGCAGCAAAAGCCAACGGUGACUUCUACAACAAGCAGCACCGCCACUUGACAGAAUUGGCAGCGAAAGGCACCCUGCCCCUGCACACAAUGAGGGUGGAGCAUGUGGAGCCCAUCGCAUCCUAUGUCACAGAAAUCCCCUGCCCCAAGCAGAAUGGACAGAAACCUAAGACUGCUAAGGUCCAUUUGCAGCAUCAUGUGGCCUACAGCUCCAACACCAUAGCCACACCAGGCAUGCUGAAGGGCUGGGACGGCACAGAGACUGUGGGCCGACGCAAAACCUAUGGCCCAAAGAAGCCCUGCCCGGUGAGUCAGAUGAACGAGCUCCACACUGCCCACAGCCACCAUUACCUUCCCACACAGCCCUACUUCGUAACCAACAGUAAGACGGAAGUGACCGUUUGAAGGAUUGACCUGCCUUCAAGAGGUUAUUUGCGCCCAGAGAGAAUUCAGAAAGGAAGGAAGCAGAAUCGAUCAAUAUCCUGACAGUAAACCUCCAGUCUGCCCCUAGUGGAGUGGCGUAACUGCGGAGUUGAGUUGGCCGCACUGUGAUUGGCCACAGGCGGUCAGCAACUAGAGACCUCACCAUGCCAACAACUGAUUACAAAAGCAGGAACAAUUCAGGAACUGUUUUCAGAGAAAUGUUCACUACGGUUUAUACCAAUUAACAAUCGAUGAUGUGUUUGUGUUCAAUCCACAACAUGAUAAAGUUUCAGACACAAAGGAGUAAGACAAAAAGAGUCAAAGUAAGCAAGCAAUAAAAACUAUCUAACUAAGAACUAAAACAACAACGAAUGGCUGUAAAACACUGACUCUUACAAAUGCAUUGCAGUAUUAAGCCCAAAGGUCCAAGGGCUAGUGUGGAGUACGGAAAAAAGUCCAGAACUCUACAUAAUAAUCAACAUGAUGUCUGUUUAGCUGGAUCUUCCCUCAGAUAAUUCCUACACUGCUGAAACUAGUCUUGUUUACUAUAUGGGCAAAGAAAUUGGUGGCAGAUGCCUUAUUUUGAAGAUACCUUUGAACGCCUUAUUAAAAAGAUCUAUAGUAAUACUACAGGAAUUUCUGCAGGAUUCCUUUAAGUUCCUAUAGUCAGUUUGGACACUUACUACACAAGUAUUAUAAUUUACUGUAAGAAAGUACUUCAGGAAUAUUGUGGGAGGUGAAAAUAUUGUAGAUUAUUAUAGAAGUAUUAUACAGCACUACAUAAGAUGUAUAGUUUCUUAUAGUGUUGCUACAGUUCUUUUUUCUAAGGGAAGAAGUAGUGAAAGAAACACAAAUGAACCGUCAUAUCAUGGACUGGUAUUCUAGGGCUGCACCUUUCAUUUUCACAUCAAAAAAAAGCUUCACAGGUGAAGAUGGGAGAACUUUCAUUUAAUCUCGAAAAUCUCAUGUAACAAGCUUCACAAAAUGUGCUCCAUUUCUCAAGAGCUAGAAUUAUCUUUCAAGGAGAUCAUUUCUACUGUAUUUGUCACAGAGUACCAUGAGGUAGCACCGGCAGUCCAUGGGAAAAGGGAAAGUAGUGAAAAGUACUGUUAAUGAACAUGUUCACUCUGCUACAGAUUGUGCCUGUUAGCUCUUGAUUUAAAUAAGUGUUUGAUCUCCCUUUCAGAAUAUUUAACUUUCAUUUCUUAUGUGUUUUAUUGUAUCCUCUUGGACGCAUAAGAGCAUGUUGAACUAUUUGUCCAAUGUCUCUUCACAACUGUAGAUGUAUUUGCAGCUCAGUUGUAACCACGAGGUUUUAGCACUUUGAUUUCAGUAGUUGAGUAGGACUGGAGGAGCAUUAUUUUUUCAAACAGACAUUCUGGU